AGAUUAAUAUCACGUCGGUCAUGAAAAACAAAAGUAAAAAUCCUAGUCUAGAUAUUUUUGUAAAAGGUGUACUAAAACAAUUAUCAAGUUGCAAUAAUUUUAACAUUUGAAUUUUUAGGUUAAAAACAGAUAACGGAAAACCAGAUACCACCUUCCCCUUCUACUAAAGUGGUAAAAUAAAACCAGCUGUCAGCUGUGAUCAAUUUUUAGAUUUUUAAGAUAAUAAUUCAUUUACAAAACCUUUAAUUUAAUCUAUCUGGCUUAAUUAUUUCUUCUAUAAAUUAGGAUUUCAUAACCAUAAACAACUCAGACAAAACAUCAAUCUUUAACACAAGAAGAUGCCGCCGCCGUCGUCAGCCACCGCCGGUCAGGUCAUAAAAUGCAAAGCUGCCGUUGCAUGGGAAGCCGGAAAGCCGCUGGUGAUUGAAGAAAUUGAGGUGGCGCCGCCGCAGAAAAUGGAGGUCCGCCUGAGGAUUCUCUUCACCUCCCUCUGCCACACCGAUGUCUACUUCUGGGAAGCCAAGGCGCAAGACUCUGUUUUUCCUCGGAUUUUCGGUCACGAAGCAGCAGGAAUUGUGGAGAGUGUGGGAGAAGGUGUGACGGAAUUAGUGCCGGGCGAUCACGUUCUACCGGUGUUCACGGGUGAAUGCGGAGAAUGUGCUCACUGUAAAUCCGAAGAGAGCAACAUGUGUACCCUUUUAAGGAUCAACACCGAAAGGGGAGUGAUGAUUAAUGACGGAAAAUCGAGAUUUUCGAUUAACGGAAAGCCGAUUUACCAUUUUAUCGGGACAUCCACGUUUAGCGAGUACACCGUCGUUCAUGUUGGCUGUCUUGCCAAGAUCAAUCCACUCGCCCCUCUCGAUAAAGUUUGCGUGCUCAGCUGUGGAAUUUCCACCGGGCUUGGUGCUAUGUUGAAUGUUGCUAAACCGAAAAAGGGUUCUUCGGUUGCUAUUUUCGGUCUUGGAGCUGUUGGGCUUGGUGCUGCAGAAGGAGCAAGAUUGGCUGGUGCUUCGAGAAUUAUUGGUAUAGAUUUGAACCCUAGCAGAUUUGAAGAAGCAAAGAAAUUUGGUGUGACUGAAUUUGUGAAUCCAAAAGACUAUACCAAGCCAAUUCAAGAGGUGAUAGCUGAGAUGACAGAUGGAGGAGUGGAUCGAAGCGUUGAGUGUACCGGAAACAUCAACGCGAUGAUCUCUGCAUUCGAAUGUGUUCAUGAUGGAUGGGGAGUUGCUGUACUCGUCGGUGUGCCUCAUAAAGACUCGGAAUUCAAAACUCACCCGGUGAAUUUCUUGAACGAGAGGACUUUAAAGGGUACUUUCUUUGGUAACUAUAAACCACGCACCGAUCUUCCGGGGGUUGUCGAAAUGUACAUGAACAAGGAGCUUGAAGUGGAGAAGUUUAUAACUCACGAGGUGCCGUUUGCUGAAAUUAACAAGGCUUUCGAACUGAUGCUGAAAGGUGAAGGGCUUCGUUGUAUCAUCAAAAUGGAGUGAAGAGAUUAUUCCCCAUACUCUACUAUUUGACCAUAACUCAGGGGUUGGGACGUAAUUUGCCAUUUUAUAAUAAACUUUGAGUUAUUUUAUUUCAUGUACUUUGUCUUUUUAAAAUUAACAAGUUAUUGAAUUAUCUGUUGUGUUCAGUGAUCUGUUUGAAUGAUCAAUACUUAUUUGGUCAUAUAUCAAAAGGCAAAUAACGUUCGCCCCUGA